CGCCGGAGAGGAGGGAAGGGUGCCGGAGGAAGGGAAGGAAGAAUCGGGUAAUAGUGGAAACUGAGAGAAGUCUGGAAAAGAAAUUAGCAUAAACAUUCGAGGAGGAUCCAGAAGUAGCAGAAGUUCGGGGAGCACGAGGAAGUGAAAGUUCUGAUUUUUGCAGUGGUCCUUAAGUGCAUUGAGAAUGGGACACGAUGUGUCCUACCAUUCAGAGUCUCCUGUUAGGGGGCGGCGAUCUCCUUCAAGGAGGAGCCCAUCUCGUAGAGAAAGAUCUCCUGCCAGGCACAGGAGCUCACGUAAGGAUAGCUCCCCACCAAGAGAGAAGUCACCUUCUCGGUACAAGAAUACACGUAGGGAUAGCUCCCCCCCAAGAGAGAAGUCACCUUCUCAGCACAAGAGCUCACGAAAGGAUAGCUCCCCACCAAGAGAGAAGUCAUCUUCUCAGCACAAGAGCUCCUAUAGAGGUGACUCUCCAGAUAGAGAGAAAUAUUCUACUCGUGCAAGGUCUCCAAAGCGUUCCAAUUCUGACUCCCCUAUUUCACACUCCCCAUCUCCUCAGACAAAGCGGUUGAGGAGAGCCCAAUCUGAAAAGGAGGCUGAGAAAGUCAAAGAGAGGGAGCAUGAGAAAAAUCAUAGCAGGGGAGGUGAGAAGAGUACACAUAAGGAAAGGAACUCAGAAAGGGAAAGGGGUUUGGAGAGGGAAAGUGGAGCUGAGAGGAGGGAGAGAAGGUCAGGAAGAGAUGAUACCAAUAGCAUGUCCUCUAAAGGAAGACGUGAGCACUCUACUUCUCCAUCUGAUCGCCACCACAGAAGCAGGCAUAGAUCUCGCUCACCUCUAGCAUCUGAAUCCAAAGCCCGCGAUGAGGAGACAAACUCAAGGGGUGCUGCACAGAGGAAUGGAGAAAAUGAUUCAGUGUCUCAAAUGAAGGCUGCUGAGGAGGCCUUGGAAACAAAAGAAAAGCAAAAACCUACUUUUGAGUUAUCUGGGAAGCUAGCUGCAGAAACCAAUAGGGUUAGAGGUGUGACUUUGCUAUUCACUGAACCCCCUGAGGCUCGAAAACCUGAUAUAAGAUGGCGGCUUUAUGUUUUCAAGGCUGGUGAAGUGUUGAAUGAGCCUCUUUAUAUACAUCGUCAAAGCUGUUACCUGUUUGGGAGGGAAAGGCGAGUAGCAGACAUUCCUACAGAUCAUCCAUCAUGCAGCAAGCAGCAUGCUGUCAUCCAAUUCCGGCAAGUAGAAAAGGAGCAACCUGAUGGUACAUUAUCCAAGCAAGUAAGGCCUUACUUAAUGGACCUUGGAAGCACUAAUAAAACAUUCCUUAAUGACACUCCUGUUGAACCCCAACGCUAUUAUGAACUAUUUGAAAAAGACACCGUUAAAUUUGGUAAUAGUAGGUAGGGCUCUAAUCAAUAUUGGUGCAUACUUUAUCGGUUACAUGGAUCGUGAUUCAGUUCUCUUCACCCUUUACUUUGAUUUUUGUUGGCAAAUUGGUGACUUUUCUGACUGCAUUGCAUGUUAUAGGUUUAUUUAUUUUUCUUUUUUUGAAUAGAGAUAUUUGAACUGUUGGUGGCAAUUAGCACUUGAGAAAAUUCUUAGAGAUCUUAUUGUGAUGUGACCUGGAUAUUAGAAUUCAAGAAAAUUCUUAUUGUGUUGUUAUAUUAGUCUUUUAUCAGUAAAUGGUAGUCUGGUCUAGUUGUCUCCCAUCACCAACAUCAAGUGCUUACAGGGAAGAUUCUUAGAGAUAUACACGUCGAUGCUUUAUUUUAGUAGAGAUCUAUUUUCAGAAAAGAUUAUAACAAUUUUUAACACUUGAGACUGAAUGAAGCAAUCAACCUUAGCUUGUUUGAACCUCCUUUAAUCCUCUUGCUGCCAAACCGAACCGAACCCUUGAUUUCUCACUUCUGCUCAUUUCUAAUGGGGGAAUUAUGUAUGAUUGAAGGUUGUCUUUUGCUAGUUCUGCUGCUUGCUAUUGAAAGCUAUAAAAUCCAUCUUUUUUUCUGUUUUUUUGCAGCCGAGAGUAUGUACUAUUGCACGAGAACUCCGCAGAGUGAUCGCUGUUGCAGGGCUGUUGCAAAAUGUUCUUGUCUAUCAAGCCUGUGCUGGAAAACCGAGUACUUUUGUUUUCUGCAUUCUGUUUGUCACAAGAUAUGGAGAAUCGAAUUGUAACUUCUGUUUUACCUCAUGUUGGAUUGGAGAAGUUUCUUGUACAAUGACAAUAGUUUGUCCAGUUGAGUCCAUGUGUUGUCCACUCUCGCAUGUUUAUUACCCUCUUUACGGUUGGAAGUCUAAAGUUCAAGUCUGAAUCAAAAGGUAAGGAAAAA